AUGGGUUGCUGCGAUAAUUGCUGUGUUCCGUCUAAAGAAUCGAGAGAGCCGAUACGAUACGAUCCAGACUUCAACGGCCCCACACGCAAUCGCUCUUGCACGGACAUCGUCUGGCUAAUCAUUUUCAUCCUCUUCCUAGGAGUAUGGGGCUACGUCGGAUAUUACAGUAUGACGAAAGGCAACUUCGAAAAGCUCUUAGCUCCAAUUGAUUCGAAAGGUCGCCGUUGUGGAAUGGAUUCCGGACUUGAAGACAAAAAAUACCUGUUGUUUUUUAACAUCGUAAAAUGUCUUUCCCCUGGAACACCUAUUACAGGAUGUCCUACCACUCAAGUUUGUGUAUCACAGUGCCCGAGCCAAACAGUAUUAAUUGAAAAGGAAUUAAGGGUAAAUCCAUCCUCAUUUGAGGAAUUAAGGAAAGAUAUGGUAUGCAAUGAUGAAGUGAACAUGCAAACAAUGACUUAUGCUCAAGCUUUACAAUAUAUUCAAGAAGAAAAAUGCGCUAGUUUUAUAUUACAGAGUCAACCAGUGUUGUUCCGCUGCAUUGGAGAUCUAUCAAAGCUGGAAUGUAAAGAUACCACGAAUUCUGGAAAAUGGCUGCAAAAUGGGAAUAGUGGGGAUACUUGCGUCCGUGACCCGAAAAGGGCACAGAAGUCGUUGCUGAACAGUGCAACAGCAUUCGAUUCUUACGUAGGCUAUAUAGCAGCCAGCUGGGUGGUGUUCUUCACGAGAAAUGACCGCGAAACUCAUAUUGUAGAACCUACUUAUGCACAAGAACCAAUUAAUGCUUGCUUGGUACAUGGAACAGUGCUGGGUCGGUGCUUUAUUAACGUCACUGCUGUGAUGGACGUGCUAGAAGACCUGUCAAAUGGUACCCUUGGCCUAGCGGAGGAACAGGUGGUUGAACAACUCUCCAAUUUAGUUAAAUUUAAUCAGCUUUCGUCACAGAUAGUGCAAGACUUGGUUCAGUCACGAUGGUACAUGGCGGGAGCUCUCGUCGCCGUGGUAGUCCUAUGCUUUAUCUACAUCUUACUGAUACGGUGGGUGGUGACGCCCGUCGUGUGGAUCUCUAUUGCUGGAUUAUUUGCACUUUUAGGAUUUACCAUGUACGUAUGUUACAAGAACUACGCGUAUUAUAAAGCAAAUCCCGUGAGUUUACAUCAAACAACAAAUCUCAAAGGAUUCGCGGAAAGUAUCUUUGCCAAGAGUGAGACGUGGCUGUUCAUACUUAUUGUAGUAGCAGUUGUGUUACUGAUACUCUUCCUGGUGGUUAUAUUUCUACGCAAUCGCAUAACUAUUGCGAUUGCACUUAUACGUGAAGGAAGCAAAGCGGUAACAGAUAUAAAAUCGACAGUAUUUUUCCCAUUGUUUCCGUGGAUAAUCCAAUGCGCCGUGAUAUGUUAUGCAGUGCUAGUUCUCAUGUCGCUGCUUUCGAUCGGAGAGUCAGUAUUCCAAGUUGUAAAUAUAAAAAACGACACCAGCUGCAGCUGCCAUGGGAUCUACACAGAGGAAGGUGCUGUGUGUAACCCGACAACAUUCUUAACGGAAUGCCGUGACACAGAAUCGCCACUGGGCAUGUUGCCCUGCAAACUAGCCACGUGUCACUUCACCGGCAUCAGUAACGAUAAUAAAAUCGUGAUAUACAUGCAACUCGUCAAUUUACUUGGCUUCUUCUGGAUGAUGUUCUUUAUCAGCGGCGUGUCCGACAUGAUGCUUGCGAGCACUUUCUCUACUUGGUAUUGGACUUUCAAUAAAAGAAACGUACCUUUCUUCACCCUUACUUCUGGCAUUUAUAGAACAUUUCGGUACCACCUAGGAACUGUAGCUUUUGGAGCCCUUAUAAUAGCUAUUGUUCGAAUGAUCAGGGUCAUACUUGAGUAUAUCGAUCACAAAGUGAAAAAAUACGACAAUCCACUAACACGAUGCAUCUUGUGCUUUUGCAAAUGUUUCUUUUGGUGCUUGGAGAGCUUUUUGAAGUUCAUCAAUAAGAACGCGUACAUAAUGUGCGCGGUGCACGGGAAGAACUUCUGCAGGAGCGCCAGUGAUGCCUUCUCUUUACUCAUGAGGAAUAUCAUCAGAGUGGUCGUGCUGGACAAGGCAACAGAUUUCAUAUUUUUCUUAUCAAAGCUGCUUAUCUCUGUCGGAGUGGGCUUCGCGGUGUAUUACUUGCUCGAGUGGAGCUUCGUGUACGAGGUGACGCAGGGCGCGCGACUCAACUACAACUACGUGCCGGCCAUCAUACUCAGCGUAGCGACCUAUCUCAUAUGCACAAUAUUCUUCAACGUCUACUCCAUGGCUGUAGACACAUUGUUUUUAUGUUUCUUGGAAGACUGUGAGAGGAAUGAUGGUUCACAAGAGAAGCCAUACUUUAUGUCUAAAAAUCUUAUGAAAAUUCUUGGUAAAAGAAAUAAAAUAACG